AUGCAGUUAAAAUUUAUCAAAACCAUCGUCGAAGCUCAGGAUCAUAUGUACCGCAUCGCUGGUCUAUCCUGGGCACCGAACAACAAUAAACUAGCGGUAGCGACGGCAGACCGGGUAAUUCUGCUGUUUGACGAACACGGUGAACGGCGGGACAAGUUCUCGACAAAGGCCAGCGAUCCGAAUGCCGGCAAAAACUCUUACGUGAUCCGGGGUAUUACGUUCAGUCCGGAUUCUAGCCGAUUAGCUGUGGCCCAGAGCGACAGCAUCGUGUACGUGUACAAGCUGGGAGAGCAAUGGAACGAGAAGAAGGUGAUCUGCAACAAGUUCCCCCAGGGUGCAGCCGUCACCUGCAUCACUUGGCUGGUCGGUGGGUUGAUAGUGGCCGGUCUGGAAGACGGUAAGGUGCGAUCGUUGUACUGCAAGAACAACAAAUCGAAAACACUUUACGCCACCGAAAGUAUGGUGGUCACGCUAGCCCAGAACACCAAGGGUACCGGUGUGCUAUCCGGUCACGACGAUGGUUCCGUGGUACGGUAUCAGCUCACCGAGGAACCGGGUGAACCGACGGGGCGUCUUUUGCAGCAUCCCGUAGCUCCCGUGGCCCUAGCAUGGCCCCAAGGGGGCAUUGUGGUGGCCGGAUGUGACAAGAAGAUUUGCUUCUACGAUCUCCAAGGUCGACCAAUGCGAACCUUCGAUUAUGGACGGGACGAAGCGGAACGCGAGUUCUCCGUGGCGGCCUCAAGCCCUAACGGACAAGCAGUAGCCAUCGGGAGCUACGACCGCAUACGUAUCUUUAGCUUUAGUCCACGGCAAAAUGGAUGGUCUGAGUCAUUAUGUAAAAAGAUCACUGACGUGUACACGGUCACAUCACUUUGCUGGAGGAAAGACGGUUCUCGCCUGGAGGUCGGUACCCUUUGUGGAGGCGUAUUAGCGUUCGAGUGUGUCCUUCGGCGUACCAUCUAUCAGGACAAGUUUGAGCUCACGUUCGUGGCCCCGAGUCAGGUGCUGCUACGAUCACUGCACGAACCGAUCACGACGAUGCUGGUCGAGUCUCAGCUCGGGCUCGAAAUCGACGAUAUCCGAAUAAUGGGAAAGGACUGCUAUUUGGUUGGUCGCACCGAGGACUCGCUGAUCCUGUGCGAUCUGACACGAUCGUUGACGAGCGAAAUUCCCUGGAUCGCUACCGGGCGUCACGAACGGUUCUACUUCGAGAAUCCAACCGUCGCGCUCAUCUUCAAUGCCGGUGAGCUAUCGCUGGUGGAGUAUGGAGAGAACUACAUUCUGGGAUCGGUGCGCACCGAGUUCGUCAAUCCGCAUGUCAUCUCGGUGCGGCUGAACGAGCGGGGCAACACGCGUAACAACAAGAAGCUGGCCUAUCUGCUGGACAUGAAGACGGUUUGCGUGGUGGACCUCAUGCUCCAAUCGACUAUCGCCCAGAUCUCGCACGAUUCCAAGAUCGAUUGGCUCGAGCUGAGCGAAACCGGUCAUAAGCUGCUGUUUCGCGAUCGGAAGAUGCGGCUAGUGCUGGUAGAUGUAGGCAGUGGCCAGAAACAGACACUCCUGUCGAAGGUUGCCUUCGUACAGUGGGUACCGUCGAGCGAUGUUGCGGUGGCACAGUCCGACGCGAAUCUGGCCGUUUGGUACAACAUCGAUCUACCGGAGCAUGUCACGAUGAUGCCGGUGCGCGGUGACGUCGUCGAUGUGCUACGUGAAGAUGGCCGAACUGAGAUCAUAACGCGAGAAGCCGCAUCCGAGCACGUCUAUCCACUCGACGAAGGCUUGGUAGAGUUCGGAACGGCCGUCAAUGAUAGUGAUUUUGGACGCGCCGUCUUCUAUCUGGAAUCGCUCGGCGAUCGUCCGGCUGCCAAAGCGAUGUGGCACAAUCUGGCCAACAUUGCGCUGGCUCAGCAGAACCUGCGCGUUGCACAACGUUGCUUUGCCGCGUUAGGCAAUGCGUCCAAGAUGUACUACAUUGGCGAGAUGAUUAAGAUCGCGGAACAGUACGAGGAAACGACCGGUCCGGGAAUGACAUGCCCCGAAGUUAAAGCAAUGAUGGCACUUCUCGGAGGUGAUCUUAGGGCCGCCGAGCGUAUCUACAUCGAGCAGGGUGACAUCGAAGCUGCCCUUGCGAUGUACACGAAAUUGCGUCGUUGGGACGAUGCGAUCAAGCUAGCAGAGCGCCGUGGCUACCAUGGACUGACCGAGCUAAAGGAAGCCCAGAUGGAGUAUCUCCUCAGCACUGGCCAAGAGGAGAAGGCCGGCGAAGUCCUUGAGGAGCGCGGCGAAAAGGACAAAGCGAUGACACUGUACAUGAAGGCGAACAAACCGGUGAAGGCAGCUAAGCUUGCCCUCAAAACACCUCAUCUGCUAUCGAACGAGAACCUCAUUACUCGUGUGUCGGCUGCUCUCGUUAAAGCGGAGCUUUUCGAGUUGGCUGCAGAGUUGGCUAAUCGAACCGGACAACAGCAGACUGCUAUCGGUCUGUACCGGAAGGGUGGUGCUUACGCUAGGGCGAUCGAGCUCGCUCGUUACGUUUCACCGGACGACGUGACCAACCUGGAGGAAGAAUGGGGUGACUGGUUGGUGGGUAAGCGGCAGUUGGAUGCCUCCAUUAGCCACUACAUCGAGGCAGGGUGUACGGUGAAAGCUCUGGAAGCGGCGGUCGGUGCGAAGCAAUGGCGUAAGGCGGUCCAGAUCGCCAAGGUAGUAGACGAUCCGGACGAGAUCCAGAAGUACGCGGUCGAGCUGGCUGAACACCUGUGUCAGAUAGGGGAUGUAAAGACGGCGGAAGAGCUGCUGGUGCGUGCCGAGAUGUACCGGGAAGCAGUCCAGCUGCUCAACCGUCACGGUCAGUGGGAGAAGGCGUUCGAUAUAGCCGAGCGCUUUCUUCCGGCCGGUGAGGUACGCGAGAUGUUUGUCGAUCUAGCCAAGGGUUUGGAGCGUGAUGGUAAAUAUCGGGAUGCUGAACGGGUCCUGUUGACCGUGAACGAACCUGAUCUGGCGAUCACUAUGUACAAGGAGCUGGAGCUGUACGACUCCAUGAUACGGCUGGUCGAACGAUACCACAAAAGUCAGCUCGAGGAAACGCAUCUAGCGCUGGCACGCCAGCUCGAGUCGAAGGGACGCCUAAAGAACGCCGAGGUGCACUUCCUGGCCGCGAACGAUUGGAAAGCGGCGGUACACAUGUACUGCCAGGCUAGCAAAUGGGAGGACGCGCAUCGAGUGGCCAAGCAGAAGGGCGGUAAGGGUGCCUCGGAGCAGGUGGCGUUCAUGUGGGCUAAAUCGCUGCCGAUCGAGGGUGCCGCUCGGUUGCUUACGAAGAUGAGCCUUCUCGAUAGCUGCGUGUCGUACGCCUGCGAAGCCGGCCAGUUUGAUUUUGCACUUGACCUAUGCAAGGCCAGUGGGCGAUCGGCAGACGAGGUACAUCUGAAGAUCGCCAUGGCGCUGGAGGAUGAUGGGAAGUUCACCGAGGCUGAGGCAGAGUUCCUGCUAGCGAAUAAACCGCGCGAAGCGAUCAUGAUGCACACGCACAGCGGUGACUGGAAGGCGGCCUUGCGCGUGGCCGAAAACUACUUACCGGAGGCAGUCCAUGAGGUACUGCUGGGGCAGGCCAAUGCGGCCCUGGAGGGCCGGAAUUAUCCCGAGUACGAAGCGCUGAUGAUACGAGCCGAUCGUCCCGAUCUGAUACUGGCGCACUACCGCGAGCACAACAUGAUUGCCGAAGCGCUACGCAUCGCCAAGGAGUACGUACCCGGUGCGGUACAAGAACUGCAGAAACUUUACACGCGCGUUAGCCGUGGGACGGCCGGUGAGUCGACGGAUUCUCGCUAUCUGCUCCAGAAAGCCUCGGAAUUCGCCCGAAACGAGGAAUUCCGUCGGGCGACGGAGUGUUUGCUGCAGAUCGGAGAAUCGAACGCCGAUGAAGCGACCGUUUCCAGGGCACUGCUAAGAGCGGCCGAAAUCUGUAACCAAUUCCUCGAGGGACCGGAAGCGAUCGAAAUCGCCCGCGAGCUAGGACCACGGUUGGUAGAGAUCAACCAGAUCGGACCGGCCGCUCAACUGUUUCUGGCGGCCGAGCUUCCCCAGGAGGCGGUCGAUGUGUUCAUCCGAACCGACAACUGGAACAAAGCGCGCCGGCUAGCCAAAGAGAUCGAUCCGCAGCUGGUGGCGUACGUGGAGGCCCAACAAAAGGCACGCCUCCGUAACCAGGGCAACGUGGAGCAGCUGGCCGACAUCGAUAUGCUGGGGGCGCUGGAUCUGCUCGCCGAGCAGGGCCAGUGGAUGCGCUGUAUCGAGAAGGCUAAGCAGCACAGCGUACCGGUGCUGCAGAAGUACAUGGCACAGUACGCGGCACAGCUGAUCCGUGACGGUGAUUGUGUGGCCGCACUCAACCUCUACCUGGAGCACGGUGUACCGCCGGUGAGCGCGAACUUCAACAUCUACAACCGUAUCGCACUGGAGUGCUAUGCGUUGCGUGAACCGGAGGGUGUUGGAGUUUGGAAGAACUUACGGCAAUUCCUGCUGAACGUGGUGCAGGCCGUGCGGGGUACGGAUCAGGCCGAACCGGAAGUGAUCGAUCGGUUUGAGCAACUGCUCGUCAUUGCGCACUACUACGCAGCACGCGCCGCCUGUCGUCAAGCACCGGCACUCCAAUCGAUUGCCGUUAAGAUCUCGGUGGCCAUGCUCCGGUACACCGACAUUAUCCCUUGUGAUAAGGGUUACUACGAGGCCGGUAUGGAUCUGCGCGGGAUGGGCCGUGAAUCGGAGGCGUUCGUCAUUCUCAACCACUAUCUGGACGUGUGCGAAGCGAUCGAGGAAGGUUCGGGGAAUCUGGUGGACCAUUCGGACCUGUCGGCCACCGAUUUUCCCAGUUCGGUUCCCAUACCGGCCGAGCUGCAUCUGAAGAACGAACAGCAGCUACACGAGGAGAUCCGCGAGUGGGUGUUGGCUGUUAGUAUGGACCAGAAGGUGGACCAGGUCUUACCGACCGAUGAUCGCAAUCUGUACGAAUCCAGUCUUGGGCUGUCGGAUCAGGCAUGUCUCGUUAGUGGCUAUCCGGUGAUGGGCCGACAACCGGUCGUGUUCCAACGGACCCAUCGGUCGGCGAAUCGUGAUGCCUGGAGUAAGUUGACGGUAGCGGCACGGAUGGCCCCACAGACCGACAUCCCACAGGUGAUUGAGUUCAUCGAGAAGUGGUGCGGACCGGCCAACUUCCUUUCCGGUUGA